AUGAAAGGUACAUUCUAUGCUGCUAUGUUUUCUCAAAUGACUUACUUUGAAUAUUUGUGGUCGGAAGUAAAAUAUUAUCUAAAAAUCUUAGAGAAACUCAAUGCAAAUCUGGUCGCCCUAGAUAGGGUUGGUUAUCUUUGGAGCUUUGAUGGUCUUUUACUGCUGUUUCUGGAAAUUUAUGUAUUCAAAUCUUCUGUCUUUACAACGUGA